AUGAUUUUAUAUCAAAUAUGUAUCUAUUCUGGUGCACACCAAACCAAAUUAUUCUGGGUGAUAUAUUUUCAAGACUACAACGAAUGCAGGGGCAAAAAUCUAUGCGAUGAGAACGCGAUAUGCACAAAUACUCAUGGAAGCUAUCAAUGUAAAUGCAAGUCUGGGUUUCGUGGUGACGGAAGAGUCUGUUUUGAUGUGGACGAAUGUACGGAGAAAAAGCCAUGUUCAAAAGAAGCAAAAUGUGUCAACACUCCUGGAUCAUUUACUUGCACUUGUAACAAAGGUUUUGAGGGAGACGGGAUAAAAUGCAAAGACGUUGAUGAAUGCAAAGACGGGAAUAAUGACUGCUCAUAUUAUGCAAAAUGUUCAAACUCCCCUGGAUCCUUUUCGUGUCAAUGUAAGCAAGGUUAUCUUGGCAAUGGAAAAGUAUGCACAGAUAUUGACGAGUGUUCAAAAAAUCAAAACACUUGUCACAAGGAAGCUAAAUGUAUAAACACAUCACCAGGCUACCGUUGCUAUUGCAGACAGGGAUUCAAAUCAUUUGAGGAUGGAAGGCGCUGUGAAGACGUGGAUGAAUGUAAAAGCAAGACAUAUUGUUCAAAACACGCAACAUGUGAUAAUACCAUGGGAUCAUUUCAGUGUUCUUGUAAUUCUGGCUAUAGUGGCAAUGGAAAAUUUUGUAAUGACAUAAAUGAAUGUGAGAACAAGGGGCAAUGCUCACCCCAAGCAAAGUGUGAAAACACCGCUGGAUCCUACAAAUGUACUUGUAAAAAUGGUUUUUAUGGUGACGGUAAAGAAUGCCGAGACGUGGAUGAAUGUUCACGCGAUGUGUGUUAUUCACUAGCGAAUUCAAAAUGUGUGAACACAGUUGGUUCGUAUCAAUGCCAAUGUUUACACGGAUUUUCAAGAAGCAAAAUGCAUUGUGGAGACAUAGAUGAAUGUCUUGACGAGGAGAUACUAGAUAACUGCGGGAAUUAUACAAUAUGUAUCAAUUAUGCCGGAGGAUUCGAAUGCGAAUGCAAAGAAGGAUAUGAGCGUUACACAGGGACAGGAGAAUGCCAGAAAGAAGAUGUUGUGAAAUUGCCAUUUUACGAGCAAGACUAUGUCAAAUUCACCGUUCCCACAAUGGUCGUUGCCUUAGUCUUGCUCUUGAUUAUUUGCUGUUGUAAGUGUUGCUGCGGGAAAAAGGAGAAGGAUUCGAAAAAGACUAAUGACGAAGAUGAACAGGCUCUUUUGUACGCAGCUGAAAUGCCUUUUUUACCAAUGAAUGUACCACCAAUUCCAACAAAUAUUUCUAUGGUAUCCACAUAUUCCGAAGUGGAUUAUGACGAUGACAACACGUACGAAUAUUUUGAGUAA